GUUAAAAGGCAUGUAUGUCCCUCUAAAAAAAGUAAAGUAGAAUCAUAGAAUCAUAGAAUAGUAGAGUUGGAAGAGACCUCAUGGGCCAUCAAGUCCAACCCCCUGCCAAGAAGCAGGAAAUCUCGUUCAAAGCACCCCCGACAGAUGGCCAUCCAGCCUCUGUUUAAAAGCCUCCAAAGAAGGAGCCUCCACCACAGUCCGGGAGAGAGAUUUCCACUGCCGAACAGCCCUCACAGUGAGGAAGUUCUUCCUGAUGUUCAGGUAGAAUCUCCUUUCCUGUAGUUUGAAGCCAUUGUUCCGUGUCCUAGUCUGCAGGGCAGCAGAAAACAAGCUUGCUCCCUCCUCCCUAUGACUUCCCCUCACAUAUUUGUACAUGGCUAUCAUGUCUCCUCUCAGCCUUCUUUUCUGCAGGCUAAACAUGCCCAGUUCUUUCAGCUGCUCCUCAUAGGGCUUGUUCUCCAGACCUUUGCUCAUUUUAGUUGCCCUCCUCUGGACGCUUUCCAGCUUGUCAACAUCUCCCUUCAACUGUGCUGCCCAGAAUUGGACGCAGUAUUCCAGGUGUGGUCUGACCAAGGCAGAAUAGAGGGGUAGCAUGACUUCCCUGGAUCUAGACACUAUACCCCUAUUUAUGCAGGCCAGAAUCCCGUUGGCUUUCUUAGCAGCUGCAUCACAUUGCUGGCUCAUGUUUAACUUGUUGUCCACAAGGACUCCAAGAUCUUUUUCACACGUACUGCUGUCUAGCCAGGCAUCCCCCAUUCUGUAUUUUUGCAUUCCAUUUUUCUGCCGAAGUGAAGUAUCUUGCAUUUGUCCCUGUUGAACUUCAUUUUGUUAGUUUCGGCCCAUCCCUCUAGUCUGUUAAGAUCGUUUUGAAUUCUGCUCCUUUCUUCUGGAGUGUUAGCUAACCCUUCAUCUAAACCGUUAAUAAAGAUGUUAAACAGAACUGGGCCCAGGACAGAACCCUGCGGCACUCCACUCGUGACUUCUUUCCAUGAUGAAGACGACACAUUGGUCAGCACCCUUUGGGUUCGUUUGCUUAGCCAAUUACAGAUCCAUCUAACUGUAGUUUUGUCUAGCCCACAUUCUACUAGUUUGUUUGCCAGAAGGUCAUGGGGGACUUUGUCAAAGGCCUUACUGAAAGCUAGGUACGCUACAUCCACAGCAUUCCCUGUAUCGACCCAACUCGUAACUCUAUCGAAAAAAGAGAUCAGAUUAGUCUGGCAUGACUUGUUUUUGGUAAAUCCGUUUUGACUAUUAGCAAUGACUGCAUUUGUUUCUAAGUGUUUGCAGACCACUUCCUUAAUGAUUUUUUCCAGAAUCUUGCCUGGUAUCGACGUGAGGCUGACCGGACGGUAAUUGUUUGGGUCGUUCUUUUUUCCCUUCUUGAAGAUAGGGACCACAUUUGCCCUCCUCCAAUCUUCUGGGACUUCUCCCGUUCUCCAAGAACUCUCAAAUAUGAUUGCCAGUGGUUCUGAAAUAACUUCAGCUAGUUCCUUCAGUACUCUUGGAUGUAGUUGAUCUGGCUCUGGCGACUUGAAUUCGCUUAGAGUGGCCAGGUGUUCCUGGACAACUUGUUUCCCUAUUUGGGGUUGGAUUUCCACUAAUCCUUCGUCCAUUUCAUGUUGCUUAGGUUGGAGAUGGCUUUCUUUUUGUGAGAAGACCGAGGCACAGAAGGCAUUAAGCAGUUCUGCCUUUUCCCUAUCCCCUGUCGCCAUCACCCCAUCUUCUCCUUGCAGUGGCCCUAUCGCCUCUUUUUUCUUCCUUUUUCUACCAACGUAAGCAAAAAAGCCUUUUUGGUUGUUUUUAAUGUCCCUGGCAAGCCUGAGCUCAUUUUGCGCUUUAGCCUUGCGAACCUUUUCCCUACAGGAGUUGGCUAUACAUUUGAAUUCUUCUUUGGUGAUUUCUCCCCUUUUCCACUUCUUGUGCAUGUCUCUUUUGAAUCUUAGCCCGGUUAGAAGUUCUUCGGACAUCCAUUCUGGCUUCUUCGCACUUGUAAUCUUUUUUUUCUUUGUUGGCACUGUUUGCAUUUGCGCCUUGAGUAUUUCACUUUUUAAAAACUCCCAUCCAUCCUUAACUCCCUUGUCUUUUAAUAUUGGCGUCCAUGGAAUGCUGCUCAGUAUUUCCUUCAUUUUUUGGAAGUUAGCUCUCUUAAAGUCCAGAAUGUGUGUUUGACUUGUCUUAGUUUCAGCCUUCCUUUGUAUCACAAACUGCAGGAGCACAUGGUCACUUGCCCCUAAGGAUCCGACCACUUUGACUGUAUUGAUCAGGUCUUCCACAUUUGUUAAGAUUAGAUCAAGAGUUGCCGAUCCCCCUGUUGCCUCUUCUACCUUCUGGACCAUAAAAUUGUCUGCAAGGCAAGUGAGGAAUUUGUUGGACUUUGUGCUUUUGGCCGAGUUUGUUUUCCAUCAGAUAUCUGGAUAGUUGAAAUCUCCCAUGACUACUACAUCUCUUCUUUGUGCCUGUUUGGUCAGCUGUUGACAAAAGGCUUCAUCAAGUCCUUCAUCCUGACUCGGGGGUCUGUAGUAUACACCCACGAUGAGAUCUUUUUGAGUCCCGGUUCCCUUGAUUCUUAUCCAAAUUCUUUCAAGCUGGUUUCCCGGAUUACAGUCUUUUCUUCUGCAACUUAACUGUUUUUGACAUACAAAGCUACUCCCCCUCCUCUCCCCUUUGUUCUAUUUCUGUGAAAGAGGUUAUAGCCCUCGAUGGCUACAUUCCAGUGAUGGGAGUCAUCCCACCAGGUUUCAGUGAUGCCUAUGACGUUGUAUGUGUGGUACUGUGCUAAAAGUUGGAGCUCCUCUUGCUUAUUUCCCAUGCUCUGUGCAUUAGUGUAAAGACAUGAAACCCCUGUGACCUUCCCCCAAGCUGUUUAUUUGGGAUUAUUGUGCUCUCGGUAAUUGGUCCUUGCUUUGUGAGCCCUCCAUUUAGCCUUUUGGCGGUUCCCUGUGGUCGUGGGUAAUAUAGUGUUUGCCAGGCUGUUGUUCCCCUCCCCCAGUGGAUCUAGUUUAAAGUGCGCCUGAUGAGGUUUGUGAGUCUGUGUGCAAAAAGAUGUUUUCCAGACUCACAAACCUCAUCCGGCGCACUUUAAACUAGAUCCACUGGGGGAGGGGAACAACACGUAGAGUGAAGCUGGAACCAAUCCUUACCUCCCUCCCUCAAUUGCUAACUGGGCCUUGGAGGUCACCACCAGGACCAUUCCACCUCCUCUUCUGUCAUCUUCUUCAUUGGUGAUUCCCAAGUACAGGGUCUGCACUGCAUUCUAGAUCUGUGACCCUCCAUCCUCUGCUACUAUUUCCCAAUUUUAUCCUUCCCACUACACACAAGUGCCAUUACUGGGUGGCACUGGCAGAGGACUAUCAUUUUAACCUCAGAAACUUCAUCCCUAAUGAGAAAAACACAGAAAAUAAGGGGCAUAAAUUCCUUGUAUGUGCCUGCAAGCAUUUGGAUCUGUGUUUUGCCCUGUUGGUUCUGCUUCUGGGGAAAACAGAAGAAAACAAAGAUAAGAGUUCAGCCAUCUUAGUCUGCCUCCCCCCCCCCCCCCCCCAGUUUACCCAUAAUAAGAGAGGAGGACCUGCAAAACACAGGUCCUCCUCUUUUAUUCCUUUUCCCCUUUGUUUUUAUUUUUUAUUUGAUUCCUAGGACCUUAUCACACUGGGGCAAAUUGGCCUCUUGCAACACUUUGAGGGCAGGGCCUGCCGAGAGGCAUCUGAUAAUGCUUGCUUGGCCCUGCCCCAUUAAUCCCUGAAGUGGUGAGGAAGUGUUCCAAGAUGGUUCCUUGCCCACUAUGGAGAGGUGUUUUUCAAAUAGCUCCUAAUGGAGCUACCUGUAUUUUCACCUAUUUCGCCUAUUUGAUGGGGGAAAUAGGAAAGAGCAACGCACGUUGUUGCCCUUCCCCAUCUGAUGGGUACAGAGAGAGAGCGUCAAGUGCCUCAUUCUGUUCCUCCAAUGUUAUGGGGAAAGGAGGCAGGGCAUGUGAAAUGGAACAAAUGGUGGGCAUUGCUUGUCUGUAUAAUGAGAUCCCUAGAGUAUGCAAGCAUGUUAAAUAUGAUUUUCUUUGUUGGGGUUUGGGGGGGUUAAUAUAUUCACAGGUGUUCCACUUUUCCAGGGACCAUGGAGAACUGGAUGUAUUAAAUUGUGGUCCUAUCCAAGUUUCUUAUUCUUUCUCAGUUUAGCUUCUUCCUUCUUUAAAGGCCUUCUUUAAGGCAUUUCUUUGGCCAGCACUGCUGUCAUUGCUCAUCCAUCAUUUUAGAAACUGUUGAAACACAUACAUCAGAUUAAUCACCAAAAUCAAUGGAAAACUGUUGAUUCAGUAAUCAUCCUGUUAAAAUGCAAAGCAGCUCAUAGUUGCCUUGAUAUAAAUGCACAUAGAUGUUGAUGCUGCAAACUAUUAAAGCUCCUAUAUAGGUUUCAUAGUACCUUCCAUAGCGAAAGUAGUAUCUACUAGUCCAACAUUGGGUCCAAACAUUUUAAAAAUGUAGUACUCCAUGAAUGGGUAAGAAUCUAUUACUGUAUAUGCAUGUAUUUAACUAAGUUUCUGUGGGAUCACUACUUGUGUAUGUGUGUGUUAAGAGAAAAACACCUGGUCAAUUACAACUCAUGGUUGAGUAAUUGGAACAAUCAGGGCUAACAGGCUUGAGCCACUCCCUGAAUGGGGUAUAUCUGGGAAAUGUUUGUAAUGUCUUUUGGGGACUUACUGAAUACUUGCUAAGAGCCUACUAUGAAGAUGCGUGAGUUUAAUGCAAGGAACGUUAUGUGAGUUGCUGGAAGUUUUAUUGUGAUUUUUGACUCUGCUACUUAAGAGUAAAUUUUUGAUUUUCUCUUCCAUUUUCGUGGCUUGUUUUUUUUUGCUCAUUGUGGAUACACCAAAGGACUGGAUAAGUCUGGUCAGGACUACACGCAGUUUGUUUUUCAACAAACCCGUAACAGAAUCCAGUGUGAUUGCGUUUGUGUGGAUGUGGAUGUUACUUUUGUUAUACUGGAACAUAGGUCAUCUGCACAAUAGAAGUUCAAUUGAAUCAACUUUUUGUGUAAAUUUCCUUGACAAAUGUUAGCUAUUUUUAUAUUCAACAGAAUGCGGUGCGGGUGGGGUCUUCAUUAAGAGAGAUGAAAAAGGAUUUUCUUUUAGGUCCUUUUUCAAGACUACAGCUCAGUAGUCUUCCUGAUAAUGAUCACAAUGGAGCUGCAUUCUCAGAUUUGUGUGUCUUAAUUUAUUUUCUUCUUUGCAUUUUGUUAUCCUUCUUGGCUACUCUUAUUGGGGUCCUUCUACACAAAUGAAUAACACGUAUCUGAUCCAUCAUCCCAAACUAAAGUUGCUGUCCCAUGGUGGCCCAAACAGGAAUCUCUAAGCCACCUUCGAGGCAGCAGGGAGUCCCCACAUGGUUCUGGGCAGGGAUUCAAAUACAGAGCUCGCUCCUUCCCCCAGCCUCCUUAGCAUAAUGCCUGCUGAAAGGCUGCCAGAACUCCACUUUGUAUGGUUAGUGGUUGAGUUGUGGCUGGAGACAGCAGCAACAUGGAGGAGAGGGAAUGGAAAAAGACAGUCAACUGUGUUCCCAGGCCCAAGAUAGCUGCUUGGACUGUCAUUAACUCAGGGGAAAACCCAACUCCUGCUUCAGGAUUUGGGUUUUUUUCCUGAGUUAGUUUAAUCUGGGGAAAACUGUGCUAAGCAGUUUUGCCUUGGAUUAAUAUGGCUCAUCCCUGUGCAGGGUUUAGCUACCUUGGGGCUGAUUGCUUUGCACACUAAUCUAAGCAGUCAAUGUAGAUGUGCCCUUGGAUUGUUUGACUUUCGUCUAUUAGGAAUGCUCUUCUAAGUGAUAUUAAGUACUAGCUAAUUCUUUAGACCACUUUUUAUGUCUUGGAAAUAGGACAGGAAUUUUGAAGAGAAGAGGAAGCAGCUAUGACCAUUUAUUUGCUAACUGGCUUUCAGACUGACAGUCUAGCAGGUGGCACAGUGGAAAAAAGAAAGCACUAAACAACAUCAAUACUGUAUUUAAAGAGGGGUUCUAUCUAAUAAAAGGGUUUCUUUGGCAGAUAGAAUAUCAUUGAAAACAUCUUUUCCAAGGUUCUGAUAAUAAUAAAGAUCAUUACUGUAGUGCUGGGCCACAGAUUCUGGUCUAUAUGGCUGUUGUGUUCUAAACAUUUCUAAGCACUACAUCUUCUUGUCUUAAACCACAUAUGACGUCGUCCCCCCCCCCCCCCCUAGUUAUAACCUAUAGCAUAUGCAUUAUGUAUUCAUCACAAGUAAAUGAAUCAGCUAAAGAUUUAUAUAAAUGAAAAUUUUGCAAAACAAAUUCUUGCCACUUUUAUUCAAAAGGAUCUUUUUUGUGAUUCACACUGUUAUUGACAUAGAUAAUUCCUUUAGUUUGCUUCUGAAUUGAUGAUUUCUUAUAUUGUUUUAUCCUUGAAGCUUAAUUCAUAUAGAUCAAAUAUGGAUUCUCCUAUCUCCUGCAAAUAUCUUAGGAUUUCAUCACAUGGGAUAUGUAAAGCGUCUAGGAUGGCUCGUUUUUCUUUAAGCUUUGCAAAGCCCUGUUUGGAAAUUAAGUUGAUGAUUUCCCUAUCCCCAUCACCCCCUUCUCCUUCUCUGCUUUCUUUAGGAUUUAUCUGUUUGAUUUGCCAUCACAUGGUUUCCUCACACUGUCCCUCUCUUGUUUUUUUGGUUUUUUUGUGAAAAAAACCUUCUGUUUUUGUAAUCUUGAGAGUUCAAUUUACAGCCCAAAAAACUCACAACAACAUAUAUAGAGGGAUUAUUCUUAUGUUGCAGAAUUGAGAACAGGAGGGAGGCGAGAAAUGAAGCUUUAGCUGUCUUAUAUAUCUCUCUGCUAGCCUUUUGAUAGGCAAAACAAAACCUGAUAGCACAGUAGGAAUUUCAGAGAGGCAAUUAUGACAAUAGUAGGUAAGAGUUCAGAAGGACUUUUACAAGAAGGGAGAUAACACAGGAAGAGAGGGGGGGAUGUUGAAAGAGGGAGCUCAGAGACAAGCUUAGGAUUUGCAUGCUUUGAUAUUCUCCUGAAUGUUUUGAAUAUCUUUGAAUGUUUGCUAUACCUCCUCAGCCCCAAAUGGUAAUGGCAGAAGAAAGGAAUUAUUACUGCCCUUCUUGGCUCCUCCCUCCAUAGUGAUGUCAUCAUAUUUACAAAUGAGUGAGGCAGAAUUACAAAAACAUGCUGAAUUGAGCAUUUUUACACAUCUCUAUAUAGGGAAUGGAAGAAUAAGCCACUUGCCAACCAACUUAGAAAACAUUAGGAAAAUCCACUCUUUGGAAACAGCAAGAUAUCUCUACCCCACAUUUGAAGCUUGCAUCAUAUGAAGGGCACCAUCUGUUGUUUCUUAAGUGUGUUGAAAUGCUGAUUUUAUUGCAUGUGAUGAAAUCAUAAGUAACUUGACAUCUAUUACCUUUGAUUAUGUGACCUUCGGCAGAUAACUCUUUCAACCUCAGAGGAUGGCAAUGGCAAACCUCUUUUGAACAGAACUUGCCAAGAAAUCUCUGUGAUAGGGUCAACUUAAAGUUGCCAUAGAUUGUAAAUAACUUUUUCACCCUUCUAUACUACAAUAGGUCAAAUAUGAUUUGAACAUCCUAUUGUCAUCUAAAGGAGAAAUUGUUGGAAUAAAAAUGUCAUUUAGGGAUAGUUUUCAGUGUAUUCUCUCUAAUUUGAGCUAAUACUGAUAUUCUAAGGUAGGCUUUCCCAAUUUAAAUUCAGUUUAUUUUCCUCUAUUUUAUUUUUAUUAAGCUGAAUAGGACAAAAGGUCCACUUUAGAGGGGCAUUACUGCUUAUCUCCGUAUUUGAAGAUAAAAAUGAGACUGCUGAAUAAAGACCUUUUGGUUUUCCUGGUAAGCAUUGCAAGGAUGGAGAUAGUCAAAAUAUGGGGGGAAAGAGGGAAUUUAUCAUUACAGAAUUGGUUAAACAGAAUAUAUACCAUAGUUUUAUUUAAAAAUUAAAAUACAAAGUGUGAUUAGAAAGAGGAGAAAUAAAAGAGAAUUUGAUUGAGAUUAUAUGAAAACCAUUUAUCAGCUAUGUGUGCUGGAACAAUAGGAAAUUUAAAUCACCUUUGAUCAAGUGAAAUUUUGGAUAUAUGACUAAGGGAAACACUCUGAUUUCAUUUCAGUGAUUAAAGGUUGGCAGACUAAUCUUUGCAUUGUACUGAAAAAUCUCAAUCUGAAUACCAAAAAUGGGUUCAACGUUGCAUGCAAAAACUAAGGAUCUAAUGAUCUAAACUAAAAACCCUUUCUCUGUAGUUCAGCUUUGUAUAAUUGGAUCAACAAUUGAAAGGAAAUGUCUGAGAGAUACCAUGUGAAUAGGUGAGAUUAAAACAAUUAUCGAAUACACUAGAAGCAGAAAAUCCCCAGGGCCAGAUGGCUUUCCUGUGUUAUAAAACAUACUAAUACCGAUAGGUUUGCAGAUUGUUCUGUUUGUACCAAAAUAUAUUUGAAUCAGGCUCUUUUCCAAUGUUCUUUUAGGAAACUUUUAUUUCUGAUGUUCCUAAAUGUUGAUGCUAAAAUAUUAGGCGUAGUAUUGGCAAAUAGGCUACAAAACAUUUAGAAUCCAAUCAUCCUAUGUAGGUAUUGCUUGUGUUAGAGAAGAAUUUGAGGCUUAUUGAAUUAGUUUUUUUAAAAAAAAAAAUCUAAUUCAGGAAUAGUUUUCACUCAUCUGGCUAUUAUUUCACUUAAUGCUAACAAAGCUUUCGAAAGAAUUAAUUGGCAGUAUAUUUUUAAGAACAUGAAGAGACUGAAGUUUCCAUUCAAAGGUUCAGAAUGAAUUUACACUAGACACUUUACAUCUUUUGAAGGAUAAUGAUUACAAAUGAGAUGGUUUCUGUUUUUUCUUAUAAAGAAGGAAACAUGACAGGGCUGCCUUCUUUCGUUUUUGAUAUUUUGUUUGUAUUUGGAGCCUUUAGUGUAUGAAAUUGGGCAAAAUCUGGCAAUCUCUGUGUUCACACAUAGGACACAUGAAUAUAAGUCAGUGUUAUAUAUUGAUGAUAUUUUAUUGUUUAUUUCAAGACUGGAAUAUUCUUUGUCAGAAUUGAUAAAUAAAGUUAAAUGUUUCCCCUUGACAUUAAGUCUAGUCGAGUCUGACUCUGGGUGGUGGUGCUCAUCUCCAUUUCUAAGCCAAAGAGCCGGUGUUGUCCGUAGACACCUCCUGGGUCAUGUGGCCAGCAUGACUGUAUGGAGUUCCAUUACCUUCUCACUGAAAUGGUGCCUGUUGAUCUACUCACAUUUGCAUGUUUUUGAGCUGUUAGGUUGGCAGAAGCUGAGGUUAACAACGGGAGCUCACUCCGUCCCACAAAUUCUAACUGCCUACCUUCCGGUCAACAAGUUCUGCAGCUUAGUGGUUUAACCUGUUGUGCCACCGCAGCAGAUUAAUUAAUUAAUUGAUAGAUCUAAUUAAUAGCUUGGUGGUUCUUUCAGGUGAUAUAGUUAACUUGCCUAAAUCUGAGGGUAAUCCAGUUGUGACUAAUGUUCUAUUUAAAUAUUGUACACUCUGACUGUACAAGAAAGAGAUAAAUGUCCCCUCUGAAGGUUUUUCUAUUUCCUAAAGUGUGUCAACUUUACCAAGUACAUAAAUUUUUUUAAUAUUCAACAGCAGUUACAUUUUAAUGUUAGUAAUUAAAAAACAUCCCACCCAUAAUCUAAAGUUCUGAGAGAAAUAUGCACAUGUAUGAAUUAGAGAAUGAAAAGGUUUUUUUGAUGAAGUUUGAAAGAGUAUAUUGUGAAAUAAACAUGGCAAGUGAUGAUUACAGAAAAAUGUUCUGUUUAUGAUGAUAAGUAGUAAUGAGCUACUGUAUAACACAGAAGAGACAAUCAGGUAUAAUUUGCUCUUUUGGAGCAGGGUUUUUAAAACUUUUUUCAUUUAUGAUCCCUUUUCCACCUAAGAUUUUUUUUUUAUGUGACCCUGGGUAUAGAGGUAUAUAAAAUAGGUAUACAAAUCAAACAUUUACCAAUGAUAAAUCAGCAUUUGCAAGGUGUGCUAAACAGGCUGAUUUUUUUAAUAGAGUACAGCUGAAACAUUUUUUGCAGAAUUCAUUGUAAAUAUUGCACAUUCCUACUAACCGAUUCUUGUAAAUAUGUAGUGUUCAAAAAACCUUUUACUGAUGCCAUUUUUUCACGACCCCAACAUCCCAUUUGGAGUUGGGACCCAGAGUUUACGAAGAGAACUAUAAGAAUUUUGCAAAGGAAUCAUAGCAAAUAUACAAAACUAGUAUAGGAUAACCUGCUUUCUUAUUUUGUGGUUGAAGACAUUUCUAAAAGAAAAGGAACUCAAAUAACACUAUGUAACAGGAUUUUUGUUCCUGAGUUAUAAAUGUCAUUUCCUAGUUGGUUUUAUCAUAAAACAUGGAAAAAGUUUAAUAAACUGCAGAAGCUUAGUUUUUGCAGGACAUCCUGCAGUACAUUCUGCUAUAGUUUUUAAAUGAAUAUCUCAUAGAGUCUCAACCAAUUCAACAUAGUUUGUGGCAGCCUCAAAACAAAGUUUCAAAGUAACCACUGCAUAAAUAAACAGGAAAUAACAUUUCAAACCAGGAACAGAAAAUGUUUCAAAUUUUGUUGCAUAGUGUAAUGGAUGUUCUGAUUUCUCUUGUGCAUGACUAACCAUUCAAGUGCAAAAACUGCCAUUCUUAACAGGAUCUUGAAAUCAAAAAGUUCAAAAUACAUGUAAGGGAAGAAGGUUGGAAUGAAAAACUUCUCACUUAAACAUCAUCCCUGGCAGCAAUUUUCAUAAACUUUUCAAGAAUUUUCUUCAGGAAUUUCUAGUAAGACAUGGUCUGUUAUGGGCUAAGGAUAAAAAAAUAACCUAACUAUCCUGAGGUAUGGUUAUUGUAUACUGAACAACUAUUUAUGGAAACAAAUAUAUAAAAUCUUUGUGAUUGUAGCUGCAUUCAGCCACACGGUGGCAACAUAGACUGAAAGUUGAUAAUUUUCCCCUAUUAAGAAAUUCACAGGAGACUGUGGGCAGAAAGAACAGUGUAUGAAGUGAGAUGAACAGCUUUUGCCUCUGUUGGAAAGAUAACAUUCAGUUGACUGCUCCAAUUAGCAGAACAAAAUUAAUUUUCUAUUAUUUGGUGGAUAAUAGUCCAAAACUUUAUAUUAGGAUCAGAAACUGAAAAGAAAAGGGAAAAGACUUUUCUGAACCAUGGAAGAUUGCUUCAGACACAAGCAAGGUCUGUAUCUUUUGUUCUUGUUCUCUGUGACUAAAGUACUGUGUGUUUCUAUACAUUAUUCUGUGCCUGAAGAGAAGAAAAGGGGGUCUCUGGUGGCAAAUGUGCUGAAGGAUCUGAAACUGGGAGUUGGAGAACUCUCUGCUCGCCGAGCUCAGCUAGUGUCCAAAAGCUCUGGGCAGUACUUUCAAUUUGACACCCAGUCUGGGAAUCUGCUCAUAAAUGACAAAAUAGAUCGAGAGAUUUUGUGUGGACAGACUGAACCUUGUUUAUUACUCUCUCAAAUUGUGCUCCAAAACCCUCUGAAGAUCUACAGUAUUGAAAUGAAGGUGGAAGAUGUAAAUGAUAAUGCUCCCAAAUUCUCUAAAAAUGAAUUUCAGCUAGAAAUUCCUGAAAAUGUUUCCCCAGGUACAAGAUUUCCCUUGGAGUCUGCCCAGGAUGAGGACCUGGGAGAAAACAGCAUCCAAAACUACACUCUCAGUCCCAAUGAACAUUUCCAUUUAGGUGUGGAAAACAGUAUGGAUGGAAGCAAGUAUGUGGAUCUCAUUCUAGAGAGACCACUGGACAGAGAAAGUCAGUCACAUUUGUGUCUGACACUUACAGCCAUGGAUGGUGGGGCGCCACAGAGAUCAGGUACAGUUCAAAUAAAUAUUAAUGUUUUAGAUAUCAAUGAUAAUUCCCCUCAGUUCACGCAGCCUGAAUACAAAGUAAGACUAAAGGAAAAUAGUUCUCGCAAUACUAUCAUCUCCAGAAUGGAAGCCAAAGAUUUAGAUUUUGGUUCAAAUGCUCAGAUCACCUAUUCCUUCCAUCGAGUCUCUAAACUAAUAAAUAAUUUGUUUCAUUUGAAUGAAAUGACGGGAGAAAUUAGUGUUUUGGGAGAAGUUGAUUAUGAAAAAGAAACCAAGUAUGAAAUGAACAUCAGAGCAACAGAUGGAGGUGGUCUUUCUGGACACUGCAAAGUCCUGGUAGAGGUUGAAGAUGUGAAUGACAAUGCUCCCGAAAUCUCGGUCAUCUCCAUCAAUAGCCCUUUGCCAGAGGAUUCCCCCUUAGAGACACUUGUUGCUCUGUUCAGUAUCACAGAUGAAGACUCUGGAGACAAUGGCAAAACUCUCUGUUCUGUGGAUAUGAAUCUUCCUUUUGUAUUGAAAGGUACUACAAAUAAUUUUUACCAGCUUCUGAUCCAAAGUUCUCUGGACAGAGAGAGAGUCUCUGAAUAUAAUAUCACUAUCACAGCCAUAGACUGGGGAUCUCCUAGAUUGACUUCAACAAUCAUUCUUAGUGUGCAGAUUUCUGAUGUCAAUGAUAAUCCACCAGUAUUUUUAAAGUCCUUGUUUGAGAUGCAUAUACAGGAAAAUAAUAUUCCAGGACUGCUAAUUGGUGCAGUUCAUGCUGUUGAUCUGGAUAUGGGACAAAAUGCUAAACUGGUCUAUUCAAUUUUGCCUGAGCAGUUUGGUGAUGAUCUUGUAGCCUCUUACAUCUCCAUGAACUCAGAAACAGGAAACAUGUAUGCACUCAGAUCUCUGGACUACGAGCAGAAAAAAGAUUUCAAAGUUACAGUGAGAGCAGCUGACAGUGGUAUUCCUUCUCUAAGCACAGAUGUGACUGUCCAAGUUGUUAUCAUAGAUGAAAACGACAAUGCUCCCUUCUUCCUGUAUCCCCUUCAAAACAGCACAUCGCCCUGCAAUGAACUACUCCCCAAAAUGGCAGAGGCUGACUACUUGAUCACCAAAGUGGUGGCUGUGGAUGGAGAUUCUGGUCAGAAUUCCUGGCUCUCCUAUGAAAUUCUGAAGGCCACAGACCCUGGUCUUUUCAGCAUAGGAGCCCAGAAUGGAGAGGUGAAAACCAAAAGACCACUGACUGAGAAAGAUACCAACAGACAGAGGCUUGUUAUUGCAGUCAAGGACAAUGGCGUUCCUCCUCAGACCAGCACUGCAAUGCUGAAUAUUCUUCUGGUGGAUGGCUUUUCUGAUCCUUAUCUAAAGGUGGUAGAUGUCCGUCAGCAGGACCCGGAAGAUGAGGGAACCUUGACCAUGUAUUUAGUGAUCUGCCUGGCAUCAGUGUCUUUUGUAUUUCUCCUUUGCAUUGUUUCCUUUGUUGGGAUCAAGAUGUGCAAGAAAGACCACGGAAGUAGUUUUAUUGUUGCUCCUCCACUCUUUCCGCCUGCUAUUCCAGAGAACUGUACUGAUUCCCAAAGUGGAUCACUUUCCAGGAAUUAUCAAUAUGAUGUUUGUUUAACGAAUGGAUCCCUGAGCAGUGAGUUCAGAUUUCUCAGGCCUCUCAUUCCUGUGUUUUCUGUUGCGGAUCAAAACUUCCCUGUGAACCACAACACCUGUUCUGGGUCCCAAGAUUCUUCUGAAAAUUUGGAAGACACUCAAUCAAAGGAACAGGUGAGAUAA